AUGCACAAUUCGUACACAUGUGCCGUGGUGGGCCGCUAUUCUUCGCAUCCCCCGGUGCUCACACUGCUGUUGCUGGUGCUGCUGUGCUGUACCGCCGGGUGCCUCGCCGCUAUUCCCCACCGCUGCAUACACGGCGAGAUAAGCCGGAAGAACAGGGCAACUGGGGUGGUGCGGGAGAUACCCCACAGAGGGCAGGGCGCGAUGCAGGCAUACACCGCCAGUGCUGCUAUAACCGAAGAGGAAAAGAAUAAACUAAACUGGGCGCCUAUCCGCAUCAAGGCAUUCACAAGGGAUCUGGACGACCCAUCAAAGUAUUGCUCAGGUAUUGGGGAGGUACGUUACGAUGCGUUGAACGACAUAAUAUAUUGUGGAGCCAACGAUAUAUUGACAGUGAGGAUGAAGAGAAUUAUCGUGGAGCAGAUUAUUCCCGAGGCGAUUAAAAUGCACAGUGAGCGUCUUUCCGUGGUGCCAACCGAAGGUAUUAAGGUUCCAAGGAUGAGUGGAGGGUACUGCGGUUACUUCAACAUCCCUGAGGAGCAUCAUACGGAAGGAUUGGUUGAUGCCGAUUUGUAUAUCUACGUCAGCGCCAUGCCGUCACGCGACACAGCCGCGUGGGCGGUUUCUUGCAGUUAUUUAAAAGAUAAGCGCCCCUAUGCUGGUGUCAUCAACCUGACUCCCUCUUAUGUGAAACCCACAGAUUCAUUCAUUCGCGUAAUGGUGCACGAGAUCGGACACAUUCUUGGUUAUGAUGAAUUUACGUUUGCGGCGCUGAAUAUCAUUGGUACUCAUACAAACGUUCGGGGAAAAAAAAAGGUGUGGAUCAUAAAUACUACGAAAUCGAGGGAUGUGGCGAGGAAGUAUUUCGACUGCCCCAAUGCCAGUGGAGUGGAACUGGAGAACCAAGGUGCCGCAUCAGCUCGUUCACACAUUGAGGAGCGGAAUGCAAGGGAAGAUUUUAUGGCUCCUGGGGCCAUGAUUGGCCGCUACAGCGUACUAUCACUGGCAAUAUUUGACAGCAUGCCAUUUUACAAGGCAAACUUCGACAAGGCAGAGCCGAUGAAAUGGGGCAACAAAUCCGGUUGUAAAUUUCUGGAUGAAAAGUGUAUUAAAGACGGUAAGAGUUCUUUUCCCGAAAUGGUCUGCGACACACCUUUUCCAAAGGUCCUGAACCUCUGCACACUCGAUCGUUUGGCUCUGGGGUACUGCACACUAAAAGAACAUGAUUAUGUCUUGGCUGAGGAAUACCGGUACUUCCCCGACAACAAUCGGUAUGGCGGCAGCAAUAACUUUAUGGAUUUCUGUCCCAUUGUUGGACGCCACCGUGAACCCUGGUGCACUAAAAGCUUUUCGCUAAAUGGUGAAGGAAGCUACGUCGGCCCGGACUCACGUUGUGUAAAAGGUGAAGGGCUCAAAUAUAUGAAAAGGGCUAUUGGUGAUGUGUGCGUGAAGACGGAUUGCAAUAAAGAGAAGAAGAAGUUGAGGGUGCAGUUCUAUGAGAGCCAAACGUGGUAUGAGUGUGAGGAGGGGAAGAAGAUCACGCCAAAGAGUUUUUAUCUCUGGUCUGGGAAUAUUAUCUGUCCCAAGUACGAAGAGGUAUGCGACGUGCUUCCCAACCUCAGCAUUGUUCUGGACCCACUGCCAGUCAAGGAAGACGACGACAACCCUGCUCCUGGGAACAUCACGUGGAAGAUACCUGAAUCCGCAAUGGAAGAUCGAAAUGAAGAGGGCGAAGUAAACCCAUCUGUUAAUGACGAAAGUGCUUCGCCCCAUACUUCUAAUGGUGCUGGCUCGCAGGGUUCCAUCACCCAUAACGAUCCAACAACAGGUACGACGGUUCGGGGAGAAACGAAUAUUCCUGAUGUGCACAUCGGUGAUCAUGACACAAUAAUCGACCCAACCGAAGCACCGAGUAAGAAUGUACAAGGUGGAACAACACACUUGCCUAACAACACUGCUGGUAUUACUCUGAAUAUUGGAGUGGGUGAUGGCAGUGUUACUGCUGCUGGGUGUGCACCCCUUCUGUUCCUCGUCGUUGCCGUCGCCGUGGCGGUGUCUCUGUGA